CUGAGGCCAGCUGUCAGUCCUCGCGUCCGGCGGCGCGGUACGGCCAGGCGCGGCCUGUGGAGCAGUCUCGAAGCCUGCUGCAGGGAGAAGAUGGCGGUCGCAGUGAGAACUUUGCAGGAGCAGCUAGAAAAGGCCAAAGAGAGCCUAAAGAACGUGGAUGAGAAUAUUCGCAAGCUCACCGGGAGGGAUCCGAAUGACGUGAGGCCCAUCCAAGCCAGAUUGCUGGCCCUUUCUGGUCCUGGUGGAGGUAGAGGACGUGGUAGUUUAUUGCUGAGGCGUGGAUUCUCAGAUAGUGGAGGAGGACCCCCAGCCAAACAGAGAGACCUUGAAGGGGCAGUCAGUAGGCUGGGCGGGGAGCGUCGGACACGGAGAGAAUCACGCCAAGAAAGCGAUCCAGAGGAUGAUGAUGUUAAAAAGCCAGCUUUGCAGUCUUCAGUUGUAGCUACCUCCAAAGAACGCACGCGGAGAGACCUUAUCCAGGAUCAAAAUAUGGAUGAAAAGGGAAAGCAAAGGAACCGGCGAAUAUUUGGCUUGUUGAUGGGCACUCUUCAGAAAUUUAAACAAGAAUCUACUGUCGCUACUGAAAGGCAAAAGAGACGCCAGGAAAUUGAACAGAAACUGGAAGUACAGGCAGAAGAAGAGAGAAAGCAGGUUGAAAAUGAGAGGAGAGAACUAUUUGAAGAGAGGCGUGCUAAACAGACAGAACUGCGGCUUUUGGAACAGAAGGUUGAGCUUGCGCAGCUGCAAGAAGAAUGGAAUGAGCAUAAUGCCAAGAUAAUUAAAUACAUAAGAACUAAGACGAAGCCCCACUUGUUCUAUAUUCCUGGAAGAAUGUGUCCAGCUACCCAAAAACUAAUAGAAGAGUCACAGAGAAAAAUGAAUGCUUUAUUUGAAGGUAGACGCAUCGAAUUUGCAGAACAAAUAAAUAAAAUGGAGGCUAGGCCUAGAAGACAAUCAAUGAAGGAAAAAGAACAUCAGGUGGUGCGUAAUGAAGAACAGAAGGCGGAACAAGAAGAGGGUAAGGUGGCUCAGCGAGAGGAAGAGUUGGAGGAGACAGGUAAUCAGCACAAUGAUGUAGAAAUAGAGGAAGCAGGAGAGGAAGAGGAAAAAGAAAUUAGUAUAGUUCAUAGUGAUGCAGAGAAGGAACAGGAGGAGGAGGAACAAAAACAGGAAAUGGAGGUUAAGAUGGAAGAGGAAACUGAGAUAAGGGAAAAUGAGAAGCAGCAAGAUAGUCAGCCUGAGGAAGUUAUGGAUGUGCUAGAGAUGGUGGAGAGUGUCAAAAAUGUAAUUGCUGAGCAAGAGGUAAUGGAAACCAGUCAAGUUGAAAGUGUAGAACCGUCAGAAAAUGAAACUAACAAAGAAUUGGAGCAAGAAAUGGAAUUUGAAGUUGAGCCAGAUAAAGAAUGUAAAUCUCUUUCUCCUGCAAAAGAGAGUGCUAGUGCUCUAGAAAUGGAAAAUGAGCCUGAGGACAAAGAAGAGAAAGAAUCUGAGCCACAACCUGAGACUGUGGCUCAGCCUCAGCCUCAGCCCCUGCCUCAGCCUCAGUUCCAAUCUCAGCCCCAAUCUCAGUCCCAACCAGUACUCCAGCCCCAGCCUCUCUCUCAACCUGAGACUUUACCAUUAGCUGUUUUACAGUCAUCACCUCAGGUUAUUCAGGAGCAAGGGCAUUUACUACUUGAGAGGAAGGAAUUUGCUAUAGAAUCUGUAAAACUCACUGAGGUGACUAUAGAGCCAGUUUUGACGGUACUUCCGGAGAGCAAAUCCAAAACCAAAACUAGGAGCAGAAGUAGAGGUCGAGCUAGAAAUAAAACAAGCAAGAGUAGAAGUCGGAGUAGCAGCAGUAGUAGUUCUAGUAGCAGUUCAACCAGUAGUAGCAGUGGAAGCAGUUCUAGCAGUGGCAGUAGUAGUAGUCGAAGUAGUUCCAGUAGCAGCUCCAGUACAAGUGGCAGCAGCAGCAGAGACAGUAGCAGCAGCACUACUAGUUCCAGUGAGAGUAGAAGUCGGAGUAGAGGCCGGGGACAUAAUAGAGAUAGAAAGCACAGAAGGAGCGUGGAUCGGAAACGAAGGGAUACUUCAGGACUAGAAAGAAGUCACAAGUCCUCAAAAGGUGGUAGUAGUAGAGAUACAAAAGGAUCAAAGGAUAAGAAUUCCAGGUCUGACAGAAAGAGGUCUAUAUCAGAGAGUAGUCGAUCAGGCAAAAGAUCUUCGAGAAGUGAAAGAGACCGAAAAUCAGACAGGAAAGACAAAAGGCGUUAAUGGAAGAAGCCAGGCUUUCUUAGCCUAUUCUUUGCAGCAGAAGAUGUCUUGAUGAGUAAAAGGAUUACCUUUCCUUGUAAGGAGGAUGCUGCCUUAAGAAUUGCAUGUUGUAAAAAAUCUUUUUGGAAAAUACAGACUGUUUGUUUACCAGACAUUCUUGUACUUUUUGCAUAAUUUUGUAAGAGUUAUUUAUCAAAAUUAUGUGAGGUUCCAAAAUAUGUAAAAAUAAUAAUAAUAAAAAAAGAUUAACAUCCCUUGUCAUCUUUUUUAAAUAUCCUAUACUCUUCAGUAAGAAUCUGUAUAUUUUAAUAGGUAAAUCUUUAAGUCUGUUUCCUUCUAAUUCUGUAUUAUACAUUGCUUUUGUAGAAAUAAAUGCGUUUCUUUCAUUAGUUUUGGGAUGUCCUCGACACUUGUAUAGUACCUUCUUGAUAUCAUUUUCAGCUUUUAUCACUAGAUACUGAAGGUGAUUAGAAUGUCUUUGAAGGUUUCCUCACUUUUAUUUGCCUUAGACAAUUAUUUCGAGUUGUCAAAUAUUUGCAGCAUUGGGGGCAGGGCAUAGUUUGUUUUUAAGAUCAUUUACUAUUUUUUCUAGUCUCCCUUGUUAUUUUCAUCUAAACGUUUCCUCUUGUUUCUUAUUUACACCGUAUAUUGGGUAGAUGAAGCAGUAUGAUUUUGGUUGGCAUUUUCUUACAAUUAUGGGAGCAUCAUUCUUUUGUCUCCAUGGUUUCUUGUGUGAUACAGCAUAUACAUUUGUUAAUCACUUCUUUCCAGGGGAGGGAGGUAGAAAAAUAUAUUCUAAACUUGGUUUUUGAGUUGUGGUCUUGUCUUAACUUUUGUGUUGGCUCUAACUGAACCAUGCCAAUAUAUGUCAAAAUUUUUGUUUAAGUAUUGUAUGAAAGUUUACAAAAUAAAGGACGUACAUCUACACUUGAAUCUGUAAACAAGAUAACACAAGUGUACCAAGUGAUUAACUUGUUGUUUUAUAAAUUUGUAUGAAUUUGGAGUAUGUUGCUCAUUACUACAUGUGCAAAUAAAUGUGGCUUAGACUUGUUUGACUGCUUAAGACUA